AUGGACAUCAGACUCAACCUGGUCGACGAGGAAGAAUACGUCGACGUCGAAAUUUCCACUAGCCAAGACCAACAUUCAUCGCAAGCAUUUGGUAGUAUUGAUAUCGCCCAGGAAGAACCCUUAAAAUAUCUUGACUUUGUCUCCAAGUAUAUCGAUUCAAUCAGCGAGGCUCUGCGACCUGUCAAUGUCAGGAUCCACGACAACCCAGAGCUGAAAUAUGAAGAAUUUUUCGCUCACGAAACCCUGACGACAUUCAUGAAGACGAGGAAAGGGUGGAAGGUAGUGCCCUCUGCAUACGGCAUCCCAACAGCUUUUAUCGCGGAGUAUGAUAGUGGGAAGAAAGGGCCGGUGAUUAGCUUCAAUGCCGAAUACGAUGCGCUCGAAGGGAUCGGCCACUCAUGCGGCCACAACCUCAUCGCCACCUGCGCUUUGGCGGGGGCCCUCUCAGCCGGCGAAGCAAUGACCAAGUUCUCCCUUCCCGGCAAGAUCAUUUUGUAUGGAACCCCAGCCGAGGAAGGAGGUGGUGGGAAGAUCAAACUGCUAGAUGCAGGAGCCUACGCCGACCACAAAGUCGACAUAAGCCUCAUCUCCCAUCCAGGAAAAGUAGCCGACUGUGCACUGAUGCGGACAAAUGCAUACGUGAGCUUCAAGGUCGAGUAUUUUGGCAAAGAAGCACAUGCGGCUGCCGCUCCUUGGGAAGGAAUCAAUGCUCUUGAUGCACUGAUUACGGCGUACAAUGCGCUGAGUGUGCUGAGACAGCAGACGAUGCCAGGGGAUAUCAUUCAGGGACAUAUCACUGAUGGUGGCGCUACUCCCAACAUUAUUCAUGCAUAUGCCGCCGGCGUGUUCGUUUUAAGAGCGCUGAGCAAGCAAAGACUGGCAGAGCUGAGGACGAAUGUCAACAAGUGCUUCAAGGCUGGAGCCGAGGCAACCGGAGCGACGUUGAAGAUAACUGAAGUCAUGAGCUAUGAUGACCAUGUCCCCAACCAGGCUCUCUGCAAGAUCUCGAGAGCUGCGAUGAAUGCUCUCGGUAGCGAUAUUCCUGUCCCGAAUAUAGAUAUCGUCCGAGGCGCCACGCAAGCGAGCACAGAUCAAGGGAACAUCAGCUAUGCGAUGCCGAGUGUGAGCUUGGGCUUCAAGAUUGAAAGUGUGGAGGGGCCUCAUAAUCCUGGAUUCGCGAAGUCUGCGAGGACGAUGGAGGCUCACAAUGCUGCUCUGAGAGCUGGAAAGGCCCUCGCUGUUACAGGCUUGGAGGCGCUAACGGACCCGAGCUUGAUGAAGGCUGCGAAGGAUGAGUUCGAGGAAAUGAUCAAGAGACAGGGCAGCAACAUAUGA